AGUGGGAGGUAUCGUUUUAUGUGAUACGGCUCUUUCGAGCGCAUGGCAUAAUGUUGGUGUAUGCAGUGAUAUUGGUAGUGAGUGCUCGCGCGGUGCCCGUUGCGGGGGACGGGGGGCUGCUGGUGCACGCGCCGGCGGGCACCAUCCGUGGCGUGCCGGCCGCCGACGGGGACUACGUCAAGUUCCUGGGCAUACCGUACGCCAGAGUCAAUGCCAGCAAUCCGUUCGGAGCACCCAUCCCACAAGAAAAAUUCGGCAAAGUUUUUGACGCGUUCAACGAAUCGGCAAUAUGUCCGCAGAUCAAGGAAGAAUAUUUCGUUUUGUCGAAUAAAACCAUCGAUGACUACGAUGGCGACCUCGACUGCCUCCGACUUAACAUAUUCGUGCCGAAAUCGAAGACGAGAAACAAAGCCACUUAUAUUUUCAUAUUCGGCGGAAAUUUUGUAAACGGUCACAGCGAUACAAACAUCUACGGACCCAAAAAUCUCGUGCGGCACGAUAUCAUAAUGGUCACGUUCAAUUAUAGAAGCGGCCCGUACGGUUUCAUGUGCAUGGACAUACCGGAGAUACCCGGCAAUCAGGGCCUCCGGGACCAGUACGCCGCCAUCGAGUGGGUCAGAGAUAACAUUGGCGCGUUCGGGGGGGAUCCGCAGAAGCUCACCAUCGGCGGUCACAGCUCCGGCUCCAUGCUGGUCGACAUGCACCUGCUGACCGCGCGGCCCAGGCAGUUCCAGCAGGCCAUCCUACAGAGCGGAACCGCCACGAAUCCGAGUUUCCUUCACCGUUCCGAUCCGACGACACUCGUCAGUAUCGCUAGGCAGCUCGGCUUUAAAACUAACGACACGUACUCCGCUCUGUCGUUCCUGGCCGAAGCGAGUCCUAAAUCAGUUAUUGAAGCGACAGAAAAGUACGUAUGGGGACCGUGCGUCGAAAAAAAAUUCGAUGGGGUCGCGCCGUUUAUUACUGAAGAUCCGGAGCUAUCUGACGGGCGAAACCUCGAUGGAUUGAAAAUAUUGGGAGGAUUUACGGACCGAGAGAACAUGUAUAGUUUGUAUUGGAACGGAUCUGUAUUUAACGUUCCGAAUGGGGUACGAAAUUUUCUGAUUGAAAAAAUUUACAUUCAGAAUGAGAGCGACCUCUUGGAUAUAGUUCAUCGUUUUUAUGUAGACGACGACGCAGAUAACGAAAUCAUUAAAUUCGAAAUGGUUGAUAUGAUUUCUGAUAUCAAUUACAUAUACCCGAUCCAGCGACAGAUGACAAAAUAUUCCAAACACAUAAAUACGAGUGUGUAUCUCUACAUGUUUACAUAUGAUGGUUAUCUAAAUAGAAUGAAAUACCUUUAUAAUAUAAAAGAAGCUGGAGCGACUCACUCGGAUGAGCUGGGGUACAUGUUCGCCACGAAAUUUUUGUCGGAUUUAAGAUAUAGCAAAGAACAACGCAUGAUUGACCGAGUAACUACGUUAUGGACCAACUUUAUUAAAUACGGGAAUCCAACCCCCGUGAGGUCGGAGCUGCUGCCGGUGAGCUGGCCACCGCUGACCGCCGACACCAUGCCGUGUCUGCAGAUCGGUGCCAACCUGACCCUGGUGUCACGACCCUUCCGCAGAAGGAUGGCGUUCUGGGAACUGUUCUUUGAUGCGCAUUUAGAUAAGAUUUUAGCAGGGCGUGCCCAAGAGUGAUUCGCAAUUAA